UUGACCAGACGUCCUGGGCCGAGUUCUGUGCUACUUCUCUACCCAGAAUAACGAGCUCUUCGUCCUAAAUCCGUGCUGUCAUCAUUUUCUGGCAUAGGGAGUGGCUAGUGAGGCGAGGGGACCCAGGCUUCCGUGCCUUCAUCUCGCCUCUGUGCCUCUGUCUUCUGUGAACCUACUCCAGGUGGGCAACUUUCUCCAUCAGCCUGCUUGGCUGCCUGACCCAUCCUGGAUGACUGUUUGUCUCCUCUUCUCUCCCAGUCCCUUCUUCCUGAGGGCCGGCAUUUGGUGGAGGCGGCCAUGGGGAAGCGGUACUUCUGUGAUUACUGUGACCGUUCCUUCCAGGACAACCUGCACAACCGAAAGAAGCAUCUCAAUGGGCUGCAGCACCUCAAGGCCAAGAAAGUGUGGUACGACAUGUUCCGAGAUGCAGCUGCCAUCCUGCUAGAUGAACAGAACAAGAGACCCUGCAGGAAAUUCCUGCUGACAGGCCAGUGCGACUUUGGCUCCAACUGCAGAUUUUCCCACAUGUCAGAACGAGAUCUGCAGGAACUGAGCAUCCAGGUGGAGGAGGAGAGGCGGGCCAGAGAAUGGCCCCUGGAGACUGCCGAGCUUCCUGAGGGCCACCUGGAGGACUGGCUGGAGAAGAGGGCUGAAAGGCUGAGCUCAGCCCCAAGUAGCAGGACCGAACCCAUCAGAGCCACUGUCUUCCAGUACCCCGUGGGAUGGCCGCCAAUGCAGGAGCUGCCCCCCUCCCUGCGGGCACCCCCUCCUGGAGGAUGGUCCCUACAGUCCAGAGUCCAGUGGGGCUGAGCUCUUCCCCUGAUUUCUCCGCCUGACUUCUCCUGGUCACCAGUCAUAGUAAAGACAGUUGCUCAACCUAGGAAGUGGAGCGGCCUUCCCGCUGUCCCCCUGGAGCCUCUGAGACCAUGAGCUUGGCCUCUCCCCCCACCCACCACCCCUCGGGGCAUAUCUUGAGAAAAUGGGUGAGAAACGUCCAAAUGUUUAUAAAGAAAGUCUAUCCUCGA